AGAAAAAUGAACUUCAAUAUUGGAGCGUCCUCUUACAUAUCAUCGUCUUCUUCUUCUUCAGAUGAUGAUGCUUUAGCGAUGAACACUAUAGCACAACUUGAUGAAGAAGAAGAAAUCAUGAUGGUGGCACUAAAAAACAACAACAUGACAAUAAGUCAUUGUAUUGGUGAGAUGAAUACGCCUAUUAGGCAUGGUGGAUCUGUUCAUGGUCAUGUGGUUAUAGACCGUGAUCGAGAAAUGGGAGACCAUAAUUUGUUCAUGGACUAUUUCUCUCCAAAUCCACGAUAUGGAGAAGCAUUAUUUCGCCGACGAUAUCGUAUGUCGCGAGAUUUGUUCCUACAAAUAGUUGGUGCUGUUACAAAUCAUGACAACUAUUUCCACCAACGAAGAAAUGCAACAGGUAGACUCGGAUUAUCAGCUUUACAAAAAAUAACAGCUGUAUUUCGUAUGUUGGCAUAUGGUGUGCCCGCGGAUGCAACAGACGAGUACGUUAAAAUAGGUGAGUCUACAGCAAUUGAAAGUAUGAAAAGAUUUUGUCGAUCUAUUGUCCAAAUAUAUGGAGGGCAGUAUCUAAGAAGACCUAAUGACAAUGACAUAGCGAGACUUCUUGACAUUGGAAAACAACGUGGAUUUCCAGGAAUGUUGGGGAGUCUUGAUUGCAUGCAUUGGAAAUGGAAAAAUUGUCCAACAGCAUGGGCAGGACAAUAUUCUGGUCGUAGUGGCUCACCAACUAUCAUCCUUGAAGCUGUGGCAGAUUAUGAUCUUUGGAUAUGGCACGCAUAUUUUGGAAUGCCAGGUAGUAACAAUGAUAUUAAUGUUUUAGAGGCAUCCAAUCUUUUUUCAGAUUUAGCACAAGGAAUUGCUCCUCCCGCUCAUUAUAUUAUUCAAGGAAAAGAGUAUAAUGUCGGUUACUAUUUAGCGGAUGGUAUAUAUCCAAAGUGGUCAACACUUGUUCAAACAAUUCAUCAACCACAAGGUAGAAAGAAGAAAUAUUUUGCCAUGAGACAAGAAGCAUGUAGAAAAGAUGUUGAACGUGCCUUUGGAGUAUUGCAAUCCCGAUUUGCAAUUAUCGCAGGACCUUCACGUUUUUGGGAGAAAAAAGUCUUACAUGACAUAAUGAGUGCAUGUAUUAUAAUGCAUAAUAUGAUAAUAGAGAAUGAACGUGAUAUACAUGCACCGGUUGAAGAUGUGAGAGAUACACCAGUUCCAGAUAUUGAAGUGGCAGUUGAUGAGGCGGCACGGUUCACUCAAUUUCUUAGCCGACAUAACCAAAUACACGACAAAGACGCUCAUAUUGAGCUCCGCAAUGCUUUAAUUGAUCAUUUGUGGGAACAAUUCUCAAAUUCCGAUAACUAAACUAAGAAUGUUUAUUUAAUCUAUAGCUUUAAGUUUAAGUAGUACUUUAUUAAAUUAUUAAUGACGUAUAAAUUAUUAUAAUAUUAUUGUAAUAUUUAAUUUUAUGUGGUUUUAGCUUGUAUUUGUGAAAUAUUGAUUAUUGUAUUUUAAUUAGUGAGAUGCGUGAAAAUACAUAUUAAAAUGAUGUAUUUUAAUUUGUAUGUGUGAAAUAAUGUGUGAAAUGUCAAAAUAUUAAAUGA